UUGCGACACAGCAAUCGUUGUGUGACCUGCCAGUCUCGUUUUUAUUGUUCAGACUGCAGGAGGUAUAGCAAAGAAAUACUGCAGGAGUGAAUAUAUUUACCAAAAAAAAAAUUGCUGAAAACAACUCAAAAAAAUAAUAUAUCAACAAAAAUACCAACAAUUCAAUCAAGUGAUUCACAGGCUACAUUGUCGGUGGGCAUAAAGAAGCCAAAUACAUUUGGGCACUGCCAAUCAAGGGGGUACAACGAACAGCAAGCAAAAUAAAAAUUGUUGGCAUCUAUUGCACAAAAUCGUUUAAGCAAAUCGCUUCCUUAGCUAAUCGGUUCUUCCUAGUUCCCCAUUAUGUCUCUCACCUAUAGUCUUCGCACUCCAUAUGUGAGACAUGUGCGUUGCGAGUCGCACAGUGAUUACGAUACUCCCGGCUAUACGGUUAAUUUUCAUCAACCUGUGCUCGAUUAUUUGGAUGUCAAAACGCAACAUUUGCAUGGGGCCCCCUCGCACACUCCUUGGUCCAAUGAGGUGGGGUCAAGACAUUAUAAAUCAAACACCACCUUGAAUCAGCAUAAUGCUGUCAAGACCCUCAAAGUGGAGCAUGAAAUUGAAGACAGAACUGAGGACAUUAUAACAGAUCUGCACCUAAAACAUCGUACGCCAUUCGAUGAACUGCCCAUUUAUGACCCUUCUCAUGUCACCCGACACACUCAUCCCGACAAGGUGUCCGAGCAGGCACAAAAGCGCAUACGUUAUCUAAAUCAACGUCAGCUGGAAAAUCAAAUCAAGGAAGAUACCCAGCAAAUAAUUGAGCGCAUUAGCAAAUUGGAGUUGAGAAAUAAUGAGUUGCCGCGUGAGGUUGAGCGUCAAGUGCGUGGCAUAUAUUCCAGGGUACUGCCACCAGUGGAGCCAACACAAGUUGAGGUCUUCGAUGCCAUUGCCGAUCGCACAAGUAGGGCAACAUCACGUGUUCGCUCUGGCACCCCGGAAGGUCCUCAGCGUAUGCCUUAUGCUCCGUAUAUGCAACUAAUAGAUGACCGCCGUACCAGCAAACUAUUCAAACAGGUCACCUCUUCGCUGAAAGAAUCGAAGCGUAUACUUCGCAAAAUGGAUGGUAGAAUCGAAUGUGAUUUCUAUAAAUGCAGCCUCAAUGACAGAUGUUGGUUGUGUCGCAAACUGAUGCGCAACAAUUCGCGUCUUCAUUACCAUCACUAGCUUCUUCAAAUGGCCACUUGUUUUCCAUGGGUCUAACGAUGUCUAAGAUUUCUGCCAAAGUGUGUUGAGUCCCAAAAUGCCUUCACGUACAUCUGUAACAGUUUGAUUCUGGGUUAGCUUUAUUAAAUUAUAGUACAAUUAACAUGUGGAUGUGUUUUAUAUUUAAGUUCGAAAUUUCGAUAUUUGUUGCUAAUACGUAGCGCACAUAUUUUUCCAUUUGCCACAAAAUAAAGAGAAAUGCCAAUUUUAA